AAGUGGAGUUUGUAGACGGUGUACAUCGGUGUCAACUGUUAGAUGAAGUAAAACAUCUUGAUACCGGGGGUUACACUGCCAAUGUCGUGAAGCAAACAACAAAAACGGAAAUCGAAGACGAUUUUAUUACAAAUUCAACCUUCCGUAUGACAAAGCUGAUACUUGGAUUCAACAUAUCGUUCUAAAUGGCGGAUCCAAGCUCAAGGUAGUGAGGGGCGAAAGAAGAGGGUAAAUGGGAGUCAGGGUGCCCGGGUGGACAAAUAGUGAUCCACUGACUGGCACCGGUGAAGCGAUAUAUGUUUGAAGAGGGAGAGGACGAAGAGGACUAGAAAAGAAGAAGGUGAACCUGAAGACGACCAGACCAAGAUAAAUCAAAAUUCAAGCUGCCUCUCAACAUUCAUUCCAAGUAAAAUGUUCUACUGGAGCAUGGAAGCAAUGUAAAGAAUGAUGGCUGCAGGAUAACCUUUAGGGUUCUCACCCCUCCACCCCAAAAGUGACCCCAGUAAUCCCUUUUUGGUUUUCUCCUCACUACCCUUUCCUGUUUUUCCGACAUCCUUCCUGCCUCAUCUAUCGCUUGCCUGGGCAGAAUUUCAUGUAAAUCCUCCACAUAAAAAAUUACCAGCGUUCCCCUGAUCUAUGUCUAUUUCUGUGGUACCAGUUCAUAAGUACCCUAUUGUAAAGGUUGGAUAAACCUUUUAUCUAUAACUCCCUAGCAGUAAGCAUGUGACCAGUUCUCCUGUUCCAUAUUCUCAUUGGAUCUCUUCUUCUCUCUCUGAUUGAGAACCUGGCCUUUGGGAACUGUUGUCUUGUUUCAGAACUUGCUCCCCGGCUUUAGUCUUAUCCUCCUUUUCCAUUCCUUGAUGUCAGUGGGCCAUGGUUCGCAAGAAAGGUUCUCUUAUUUUGUGUGGAGCUUUCCUUUUUGUUGCCUGGAAUGCCUUGCUUCUCCUUUUUUUGUGGGGACGCCCCCCUAUCGGUCGUCUUGGGGAAGGCGGAGGGGCUGAGCCCGGGGGAAAAGAGGAGUGGGGUAUAGGCAAAGGGAAAGUAGGAGGGGCCAAUCUGGCUGGAGAAGUCAUCCGAUUGGCAGAAGAAGUUGAAUCUGAGCUUGAGACCCAGAAGGAACUCCUCAAGCAAAUUGAGAGUCAUAGGUCACUCUGGGCACGCAGGAAAGAUGUUGGGAAAAGAGAAAUGGAAGGUACCAAAGAAGAAAAGAAAGAGGAACACAAACAGCCACAGUCGCCUCCAUUACCCCCAAAAGACAGUGCAGAUAACAAGGACCAAAGUUUAGAUCACAUUUCAAAGGUGCAGAUUGUCACUACAGUUCCUGAUUCUAAACUAAACAUCAAAGUGGAAAAUGACAUUAAAAAAGCAACUGUUAACAGCAACAAAUUGGAUGUUACCGUCACCAGCCCUCAAGUUGUCAUACCCAUCCUAGUUAUUGCUUGUGACAGAGUUACAGUAAAAAGAAGCCUUGAUAAACUGUUACAGUAUCGCCCCUCUGCUGAACUCCAUCCAAUCAUUGUAAGCCAGGACUGUGGUCACGCUGAGACAGCCCGUGUGAUUGGCUCAUAUGGUUCUCAAGUCACUCACAUCAGCCAACCAGACCUUUCGGACAUCAGAGUGAGCCCAGCGCACAGGAAGUUCCAGGGUUACUACAAGAUUGCCAGACAUUAUAAAUGGGCCCUCAACCAGGUGUUCAACAUCUUCUCUUACUCCACUGUGGUGAUAGUGGAGGACGACUUGGAGGUGGCGCCUGACUUCUUUGAGUAUUUCGGGGCCCUUUACCCCAUCCUACACGCUGACCCUAACCUGUGGUGCGUCUCUGCCUGGAACGACAACGGGCGUGAUGGGCUGGUAGACCCAAGCAAGGCCGACCUACUCUACAGAACAGAUUUCUUCCCUGGCCUGGGCUGGAUGCUGUUGAAGGAGGAUUGGGCUGAACUGGAGCCCAAAUGGCCCUCGGCAUUCUGGGACGACUGGAUGCGCCAGCCGGAGCAGCGGAAGGACCGCUCCUGUAUCCGGCCGGAGAUCUCCAGGACGAUCACGUUUGGCCGAAAGGGCGUCAGUUUAGGUCAAUUUUUCGACCAAUACCUGCGCUACAUUAAACUAAAUACAGAAUUCGUGCCUUUCACCAAACAGGACUUGUCUUACUUAGUGAAGGAGAAAUACGAUGAGAACUUUGUGAAGGAAGUUUACAGUGCCCCCCAGGUUAGGAUUGAGGACCUGCAGCAAGGGGGAAGUCUCCGGGGAAUAGGGCCGUACCGGGUGCAGUACUCCAGCCGCGACAGUUUUAAAGUCUUGGCUCGUAAUCUGGGAGUAAUGGAUGACUUGAAAUCGGGGGUUCCCCGUGCGGGCUACAGGGGUGUGGUGAGCUUCCUGUCACGUGGACGCAGGGUCUUCCUGGCUCCACCAGAGGGGUGGACUCACUACGAUGUCAGCUGGAGCUGAGAGCAGACAGGGUGUGGAUGGUAUUGACGAGGGGAGGACAGCCUGACUCAAGAGGAACACCCUCUCAGACCAAAGAAUAUAGAAAACAAAGGUAUAUGAAGGUAUGAAGCAUAACUAGCCAGUCUGGUUUGAGUGGUUAUAGAAAUAACCACAGUGAAGUUAUUAGGGAGGAGAUGUGAGUGGCAAGACUUUGACUUUAUUUGUUUUAAGUGAAGACCUGAUAGUAAUGUGACACAGGGAACACCACAAAAACUGAAACCAGAGACAUGGCAAAGAGAGUUACAGGAAGAACCUGAAUGGAUUCAGAUCUUAGUUCUCGAGCUGGUCUUAGAAGGCUAUUUAUUUGACCUCUGAUCUGAACAGCCCAAAUUAAACUACAUAUAGUUGAUAGGCCCUGAUUGUUUAUUAACCUGUCAAAGGAUAAUGGGAUUGCAAUACCUUUCUCUUUAUCUACCUUUCGAUGUCAGCAGUCCACCGAAAUAGUGCUGUACUCCAGUCACUUGAAGUGAAUGGAUGUAAGAGUCAAAGUAUUAGUUAGAAUAAUAUUAUAUAAAUUAUUAUUACAUAAAUAUAUUGUCGCCAAAUCUGAAUUUUUCUUUAGAGUAACACUAAAAAAUACUUUGGGGAAAAAAUGCAUUUUCUUUUAUUUUGCUGUCUUUGAAAUUGUUUAUAAAAAUGUCCUUUAAAUGGUUUCUAAACAUUGUUUUGAGAUUCAAACAUCACCAGAGAGAGCAUCAGUUGAGCACAUUACAUGUGACAUCCUGUUGAUGUAUUUUACAUUUGCCUAUCUCCAAUGUAGGGCAGGUUGUAAUUCCAUUACAUUCAAAUGGUCUGGCAAGGUUAGGUUUGUUGAAGAACCAGUUAUACAGUUUGUUUUAAUUCUGGAAUUUAAAGAUUAUGGGGAAGUGGGUGAAACUUGGAUCAACUGUGAUCAAUGUACUGUAAUUAGUUCUGGGGAGAUUGUCAGGAAUAUUGAUUGAUUCAUAUGUCCUUAUGGUGAUGUGUUAAACCACUGCCUGAUGUGUUUAUAACUUUAAUAAGCUGCAAAUAAAACUGACUAUUUUGA